UGGAAUCUGGGGCCUCCAGUGGUCUCCUGCCUCCACCUGGACCGGGGACAGUAACGCCUAGGGAGCCCCAAGACCUCUUGAGAGAGCAUUUCAGCUCUGUUGACAAACCUCAACCACUUGAGGGACUUCGCUGGAAAGAAACGUUCUAGAAAGACCAAGUGGAUACCAGGAGCCCCGUGGGGUGCGUGUGGCCUCAGCUUGCAGAGGAGUGCACUUGCCAGACAUUUCGGGGCUUUGAAGAGCACAGCUCAUCUAAGAUGGGCACAGGUGCAUCAGAGGAACAAGCAAAGCAGAAGGUCCACCCUGCCUUCGAGGCCUCCGAGGAAGCCCACGGGACUCUGGCAGCCUCAACCCCCUGGGUGGCCAUGGGCUCUGCCUAUGGUUCCUGUACCUGCUUGGGAGCCCAGCCUGUAACUGACCUGGCCCUCUGGCCUGUCAUCUACUCCUGCAUGGGAUUUUCCCCACAAGCUUACCCAGCCUUCUGGGCUUACCCGUGGGUGCUCUAUGGUGGGUAUCUCUGGAUGGGUUAUCCCCCUCCAGCUGCCUUGGUGCCUUCAGUGUGGCUGUAUUGGAGGGGCGCCUCCAGCUUUGACCCCCUCAUAGGAAGUCCGUACCUGGCUGCCUUGGCCCCCAACCUAUUUCCUUUCCCCAUGAAAUUCCCACCCACCUACUCCUUGGCUUCUCCCACUCUGGGCGGGGCCACCUCAAGCCACUGUCCCCAGGUGGGAUGCUGGACUCCAGCCAGCUCAGCCCCCAGGGCUGCCGUAGAGGGGCCAUCCAGAGAAGCUCCCUACUUGAAGACAUGCAAAGCCCCUCCCUCAGAAUGGGCCUCCAGGUUCGGUAUUUGGGCACCUUUGCCCUGCUGCAGUUCAGAGCUCCGCCCUCUGCCCCCUUCCCCCAUUGAAGAUUCUCAGCUGGACCCCGGCUGCUCCCGCUCCUCCUCCCGGUCACCCUGCAGGGCCCGCCGCCGCCUAUUUGAGUGCUAAUCAGCCCUCUAGACCCAGACCCACCCAACAAUCAGAGACAUGUCUGGUGGAGCCUAGCCAGCUGUGGACUUUAAGUUUUUGGAAGAGUCUCAGAUGUAGGUUGUUUACCAUUCCUCAGUACAGAGUACACCUCCUGGACUCAUGCAAGGCCCCUCUAUUUGCUAUUUCUCUUUACUUUCUUGUUUUUCUGUUUGCCCUUCAACCCUGAUACUGGCACCUUUUCUCCUCCCCAGACUGUCCUGGGCCCGCCCUCUAGUAGAUUUGCUGUAAGUCCUCAAACAUGCAUGCAUGCAACCUUGUAAAAUGAGCUUAUUUAAGCUCAAUCCAACCUGUAGAAGCGCUCAGUUAGAAUAGGCCUCCAGGUUUGGUAUUUGGGCACCUGUGCCACCCUCCAGCCCAGGACUCUCUCUGCCCCUCCUCAGCAAAGACCCUCAGCAGGAUCCCCGCAUCCCUGGCCACCCUGUGGGGCCUGCUGCUGUCUCUUCCAGCAUUGGUGUGUCCUCCAGGGAACCACACACUCAAGCACUUUGGAACCCAUGGAAUCCAGUGAGCACGUGCUGUGGGCUCUGCCUAGAAGCUUCCAAAACCUGUUUGUUCCAGUGGACACAGAGUAGGAAAUGCUGACUCGCUCAGAGCGCUAGUGCUCUUGGGUCCUUGCGGGUGUGCUCUUCUCACUCCUCACCCCAUCAGCACCUUCUGGGGUAAUGCACACACCAGUAAAAUGUACAGUGCAUGCUUUUAAAAAAUUUUAAAUAAAUGAUACUAUGCUAUAAA